AUGGCGCUGGCCGCGGCUGCAGCCGCCGCGGCCGCGGGGGUGAGCCAGGCGGCGGUGCUGGGCUUCCUGCAGGAGCACGGCGGGAAGGUGCGCAACUCCGAGCUGCUCAGCCGCUUCAAGCCGCUGGUGGACGCCGGGGACCCGAGCGGCCGCGCCGCCCGCAGGGACCGCUUCAAGCAGUUCGUCAACACCGUGGCGGUGGUGAAGGAGUUCGACGGCGUCAAGUUCGUGGUGCUGAAGAAGCUGCGGCCCCGGGACGCACCAGAGCCCCCGCCCGCCUGCGUCCCCAGCGCCCCCGAGGCACCAGCCCCGCCGUCGACCAUAGCUUCGGUCUCCUCGGGGGACAGCGCGGCCCAGGAGCGGCGGUCCACGGAGCCACCUGAGAACCGGACCCCGCCAUCAGAGCCCCUGGACACCCCUGCCUCCGAGCCCCUUCAGCCAACCGGGGAGCUGUUGCUGGGCCUCGCCCAGCUCCCACGGGGGGCCUCAGAACCCGUGAUUCCAACCUUUGCGUUAGCCCAGCCCUCGGAGGGAUGCUCAGCGGAUCUGGCCCCACCGUCUAGGGCCCCGUCCGAGGGGACCCUGUCCGACGCAGACCCGCCAGAGUCGGAGCCUGGACCUGGGGCCACGGAACAGCCGUCGCCACCACCCGCUCCGCGCGCGCAGCCGAAGAAGCCCUGCAUGCUGCCGGUGCGUUACAUCCCGGACACCCCGGCUUCCCGCUUUCGGGGGGAAGAGCUGGCCCCGCGUCGGCAGCUGUCGGAAGAGCGCAGCCCGCGGAGCUCCCCGCUGCUGCUCCGGCGACUCUCGGUGGAGGAAGCUGGCCCCGGCCACGGUGCGGCGGGCUUGGGCCGCUCCCCGUACCUGAGGCGCCCGUCGCGCGCUGGCCCGCGUCUGCUGAGCCCCGACACCGAGGAGGCGCCCGCCACGACGCCGCCGGCCGCCGUCCCCCUGGAGCCGACCGAGCACGAGUGGCUAGUGCGGGCGUCCGGCGGCCGCUGGACCCACCAGCUGCACGGGCUCCUGCUGCGCGACUGCGGUCUGGCAGCCAAGCGCGACUUCAUGUCUGGCUACACGGCCCUGCACUGGGCGGCCAAGAGCGGGGACCAGGAGAUGGCGCUGCGGCUGGUGGAGGUCGCCCGGGGUGGGGGCGUGCGGGUCGAUGUAAACGCGCGCUCCCACGGCGGCUACACGCCGCUGCACCUGGCCGCGCUGCACGGCCGCGAGGACGCCGCGGUGCUGCUGGUGAGGGGCCUGGGGGCGCAGGUGCAGGUGCGUGACCACAGCGGGCGACGCGCCUACCAGUACUUGCCGCCCGGCUCCUCGUAUGCGCUGCGCCGCUUACUCGGAGACCCCAGCCUGCCCGGCUGCACAGAGUCCGAUUCGUCGGGCGCUGGAAGUGGCAGCCUCGCGGUCCGGCGCCCGGUGCAGGUGGCCGCCACCAUCCUCAGUUCCACCACGAGCGCAUUUCUAGGCGUCCUGACCGACGAUCAGAAACUUCAGGACCUGGCUCGAGGCUUGAGGAAGUCGGGCUCCCUCAGCAAGCUCUUGGGUGCUUCACCCAUGGCACCUCGUAAAAAGACUAAGAUGCGCAGUGGCCUGCCAGCUUUUGCUGGUCUAAUGCCUACGCUGCCUCCCACAACUUGAUGGGCCCGAGGACACCGCCUGGUUGAUGAAAUCGGUCCUGCUCCCCACAGUCUGUAAGCCUGCCCAGGACAACCUCUUAAUACCCGUGGCUCCAUCAUUUUUUCAACUUUGUCCACCACCUGGUGGACCAAUGCUCCAGCUUCUGGAUGAAGCUUGACCUAUCUCCAGACAUGGAAGUCAGAUCUCCAGAAGCCACGCUUGAAUUUUGGAGGAGACUUGAAAUUUAGGAUCAAAAGUUAAGGGGGCAGCAGCUGGUCUGGCCCGUGAAUGAGUUAACAGGAUGUCUUGAUACCCGUACACUCCCAAGCCAGAGCUAGAGCAAGGGGCUCUUUAAGUGUACUGUGAUGUUGGGUUAUCUGUCAGCUUUCAGAGAGUACUGGUUUUGUAAUUUGAGGCUUUUAUCCUGUUUUUAAAUUCUAAUGAGGUAAAAGAAUUUUCAU